CCGGGUUCCUGUCCCCCCUCCAGCGACCGGCCCUUAGCAACCGCGGCCCCGGCCCUGCGGUGCCGCCUCGUACCCGUUCCGCACAGCGGGUCGGGGAGCCGUGCCGCUUUGUGUCCCUGACGGGGAAUUUGAAAAGUCCGGCCGCUGUGCUUCCGCAGCCCUACAGGCCUAAGCGCGUCGUCCUGCCGUGUUCGGUGCCGCUGAGCGCUUUCCGUGCGCUACCAUUACCGUACCCAAAUAUCACCCAACCACCCGCCCUAACAGGGUUUUACCUGCGAAAAGCACGGGCCCCGCAAGGUGCGGAGUCACUGGCUUUCUAAAGACUUUAACAAAGUAAUUGCUGCUGCCUUCAGGUGAACGAGGGGAAAAAAGCUGGACAUGCAAGCGUUGCCCUCCCACACUGCGAGGCUGGUGAAUCCUGCAAGCUCCUAGACAAGUUUGCAAUAUUUAUUGUCUCCAUUCUUUUCUGCAGGUCGUUUUAUGUUACAGUUUUUGAUCAUUUUUUUUUCCUCUCCUGUGGCUACUUCUAUUUCAAUUCUGCCCCUGGGAAAUUGCUUCAGAAAGGCAUUAAUCAUAGAAUGGAAUAUUACUAUAUUUUUCUCAGUCCAGGCAUUUAAAACUUCUGAGGUGAUUAUUAGCAGCCUUAAACAGCAAAAUGGACAACAAUGAGCUGGGCUUGUAAACACAUUGGAAAAGCUCCAGCUCCUCAAAGUCACUGCUGCCAUUAAUCUUGAGGGGUAAUGGGAUCUGUGAAGCUACUUGUUUGAGGGAAAGCAGCAAACCCACACGCCAGAAAACCCAAAGGAGAAAAAUAAUGCCGGGGGGAAGCACUGCUGAUUGCCCUGCCGUUGCAUGACCGCGCUCCCCCAGUGCACCGUGCUGGGGGCAGCUCUGGCCUCAACACCCCGCACCGCGCUGGGGGCUGUUUUUAAUCUUUCUUUGUUGCCAGCUACAUUCCGACAGGAACGAAGUAAAAGAUCGCCUUCUGCACGCGUUGCAACAGCUUUUCAGCCACCUGCGGACCGCCUUGGGCCAGGAGCUGAGCGGCCCCGCCGCCGUGAGGGCUGCGGGGCGCCGACCCCCCGCGGCACCGGCCCGGGGGCUGCACGGAGGGGCCGGGACCGGGACCAGGGCCGGAGCCGGAGCCGUGCCAGGGAGGAAGAGGAGGAGGAGGCCGUGCCGGCAGCCCCGCCACCCGGAAGGCUGGUGCCUGCCCGUCCCGUGACCGCGAGCCCGCCAGAGCCACCGCCCGCCUCCAGCAGGGGCCGGCGGGGGGGGAGCCGCCAUGGCAGGGGACGCCCCCAGCAGCCUCCCGGUGCAGUUGGUGGAGCAGCCCAGAUUGCUGAAGCUGAAGGAGAGUUUUAUAGCAAAAUUUGGAUCAGCUCCCAAGUUUUAUGUUCGUGCACCAGGGCGAGUCAACUUAAUAGGGAUUUCAGUACUAGUGUUAAUGACAUUCAGAUUAACAAAACCAAACCUCAGUGGCAUAACUACUUCCUAUGUGGACUGAAGGGUAUUCAGGAACAUUUUGGUCUUAAUAACCCAACUGGAAUGAAUUGUCUGCUAGAUGGAACCAUCCCUCCAAGUUCUGGUCUUUCUAGCUCCAGUGCUUUGGUGUGCUGUGCAGGACUCGUGACACUAAGAGCUAAUGGAAAAACCCUCUCUAAGGUGGAACUUGCAGAAAUUUGCACAAAGAGUGAACGUUACAUUGGCACAGAAGGUGGAGGAAUGGACCAGUCAAUCUCUUUUCUGGCAGAAGAAGGAACUGCCAAGUUGAUAGAGUUCAGUCCUCUGAGGGCAACUGAUGUUAGACUUCCAAGUGGAGCAGCGUUUGUUAUUGCUAACAGUUGUGUUGAAAUGAAUAAAGCAGCAACUUCUCAUUACAAUAUUAGGGUAAUGGAGUGUCGUCUGGCUACAAAGCUUCUCUCGAAGUCAAAAGGCCUGGACUGGAAAAAAAUGUUGAGACUCCAAGAUGUGCAAGCCAAGCUAGGAGUUAGCCUAGAGGAAAUGCUGACCAUUGUCGAGGAGGUAUUACAUCCUGAGCCUUACAGCACAGAGGAAAUUUGUAAAUGCCUGGGAAUUAGCCUGGAGGACCUCCGCUCUCAGAUCCUUAGUCAAAACACGCAAGAUGUUUCCACCUUCAAGUUACACCAGCGUGCAAAGCACGUGUAUAGUGAAGCUGCCAGAGUGCUGGAAUUUAAGAAGAUAUGCAAUGAAGCACCUGCCAAUGCAAUCCAGCUGCUGGGAGAAUUAAUGAACCAGAGCUAUAUCAGCUGCAGGGAAAUGUAUGAAUGCAGCUGUCCUGAACUGGAUCGGCUGGUAGACAUCUGCCUGCAAUUUGGGGCCGUUGGGUCACGUCUGACUGGAGCUGGAUGGGGUGGCUGCACUGUGUCAAUGGUGCCUACUGACAAGCUGAAUACUUUCCUAAAAAAUGUUAAAAAAGCUUAUUACCAAAAUGAUGUCCAAAGGUUAGCAUUGGAGAAUAAUAGUCUGUUUGCAACCAAACCUGGAAGAGGAGCUUUGGUUUUUGUUGAGGCCUAAAGAACAUAAUUUUUUUUAAAAAAAACUAUGUAGGGCAUUUAGAACUGGCAGGACUUCCAAUGCCACAGUAAAUGAAAGCCUUCUCUGUUUUUUAUUAUAGUGAGCAGUUGCUAUUAUCAAAAUACAUUUCUGAAGAAGUGAUUAAAAGAACACUAAGAUCUAUUUUUUCCAAAUACUAAAAAUAGAUUUCAGUGUAAACAUCGAUUUACAAAAACCUAUUGACACAGAAAACUGAAAUUGAAAUAAAGAUGAUGGUUCGUUAUAGCAGAUCUCUUUUCUUUUCCUUUUUCUGUCAUAAAAGUAAGACCAGGUGGAGCAGUGAACCAUUUUAUUGUAGGGUAGGAACCUUGCAGUGUUUGCAGAGUUUUCAGUGCUUACUCACUUCAGCUGCUGGAUGUUGUUUUGUUUAUAGAAUCCUGUAAAGAUGAAAGAUCAAACUAAGGAAUUAAACAAACAAAACAAUGGAAGGACCUUGCUAAACAUUACAAGUUUCAUGCUAGUCUCAAAUAUGAUUAUUUCUGUUGCAAUUAAUGAUAAUAUUGGAGGAGCACCUGCAGGCCAAGUAAAACAUCAGGAGCACACUAUGUUAAGCAGGAAAACGUUCCUCCUAGCUAUAUUCUUCUGUAGCGUGGUGCAAGGGUGACUUAAUAUGAAAGUUUUAGUGAAAAUCAAUGCUAUCUGUGAGCUGUACGAUACAACAUACUCCCCUUACUAAAUAAAUGAACAAAUAGUGAAACAAAGUUUGGGUCUGAGUUGUCCAAAUACUGUAUUUUAAUUGUUAAAUCCUAGCCAUGCAUCUCUAUAUGGUGGAUGAAUUUGCAUUUUCAUGCAAGACUGGUACAAAGGAUUAGAUGUAACUCGUUCACCAUGGUAAAAAAAAAAAUCUAUGAGGAAUAACUAAGGAGAGAGUUCACUCAGUUGUGCUAAGUAAAAGUUAAGUAGGUAUGACCAAGAGUUAGUAUCAUUAACUUCUUUCUGACAAACUGCACUCUCUCCCCUACUUUAUGCAGUGCCUAAGGAAGUUCCUAGCAGUCUCAAGAUUGUAACUGCAAUGCAUUGAACUGUAACAUCCACGAUUCAUAGCCCAUCUCCUCAGUAGGAGAAAAGAUUAUGAUUACCCAAAGAGAUGACUGUACAUUAAGAUACCCCAAUAAUAUUCUAGCCGUGCUUCUAAGUACAAGAUUAAUUUCCUGUGCCCACACUAAUUUGCGCUUCUCUGCCAUCUACAAUGAGAACUCAGGAGAAGUUUUGCUCAUGUCAUAACCCUUUUGGCCAUAAAAGAUAUAACAAGAUUUGUCCCUCUGCACAUUUUUAUGAUGCUAAGCACAUGUGGAUGUCCAGAAGUCUGCAUCAAAUUAGAGAUCUCUCAGAAGAGAUCCUCUGGACAUUACCCAUGCUAAUUCAGGCCAAAUAGGAAUUCUUAGAGGCUACUAAUUCUGUGAGAUGACUCUGCCAAAUAUGAACACAGCCAGUGUAGACUGCCAGGUCUUUUCAGGAACGUCAGAGGGGACAUAUAAUGGUAAUAUUAUUGCUAGAGAACAUUUUUUUGUAUUUUGACAACCAAGAAAAUUUGAACAGAGAAUGCUGUAGAUCAAGCAAAUCAAGUAGUCAAGAGGAAAAGGACAGGGUCUGGACACAAAGGGGAGAAAUGAAGAGACAGGAUUUGGAGGGAAGACAGUUAAAAGAUGCAUUUGACAAGAGGAAAGCAAGGGAUAAGGGAAACAGUAAAGAAUGGGAUCUAGAACUACAGAAAGGUUUAAGCUCAAAACAUUCACUAAUACUACUGAUGGAAAUGUAGUAUCUUGUAGCCUGUUUGUAAUGUACAGCAGAUGUGCUGUACAUGCAACCAAAUCUGUAAACAGGACUCCAAAAAUUAAAUAACAAUAGCUAAAUAUCUUCAAGAAUUUUCAAAUUAACCCCAGAGAUUUUAAAGAAAAAUAAUGCCAUGGCUUUAUUAUCACUGGUCUUAAUAAAUACAGUCCUUAGUUUGAGUAAGUCUCUCCUUAUAAUCCUGUCAUAAAAGCAGCAUACUCCUUCAUAUAUUUGAGUUGAACUUUAGUUCAGCUGUAUUCGUGGAAGCUCUAACCAGUCUAUGAGAAGAAUAAAGAUACUUUAGAUUCAUUUUUUCAAGUUGAACAUAUCACACAGUCAUGUAACCUUCCCAAAAACGUGCAUGCAAGCUUUUGGGCUGCAGCACUUUUCAAUGAAUCUUAUAAAUGAUAUUCUCAUAAACAAACUAGCACAAUAAUAAAAGAAUAAAAACAAACGUUCUAAACUUCUGAUUAAUUUAUUUCCUUUCCUUUUUUAUUGCUUCAAUUUUUUGCCAUACUUUUGCUGUAAUCUGCAAAUAAAAUUGUGACAUAACUAAUUGAAAGAUUUAUGGUAUUCAGAGUAUAUAAAUUAAAGUGUUUUUUUUUUUUUUUUUUUUUUUAACUACCAGUAGGAGGUAAUUGUUUCUUUUUAAAUAAAUUUAAAAAAGAAUGAA